GAAAAAAAUAUAGUGGUAUGGAGUAAAAUUUUCCUUCUCACUCAGUCGUUAGUCCUCUCCCUUCCUUCAUUAUUUUUCCACCGCCAUUGUCGUGUCACCAUCACGUCUCUCUCAAGCUACGUCCUCACCGUCUCGCCUCUAUCACGCCGUCGCUUGUCUCCGGCUCGUCUCGCCUCGCCUCUGUAUCGUCUCCGGUUUGACUCAAACGUAUAUACAAGUUUCUUCGCUCUUGCAUUCACAACCUCUUCUAAACCCUAGUUCUUACUUCUCCCCGCCACAAGAAAACAAAGUUUUGUGUCAGUGAGGUGUUGAAGCAUAGCAUACAAAAGAAGUAUCAUCAAAUGGCUGACCAAGGAUUGGAAGGGAACCAAUCUGUGAAUCUAGAAAAGCAUCCUUCUGGGAUUGUGCCCACCAUUAUAAAUGUUGUGUCAACUGUCAAUUUGGACUGUAAGUUGGACCUUAAAUCCAUAAAGCUUCAAGCUCCUACUGCAGAGUACAAUCCACAGCGUCAUCCUUCUGUGAGUAUGAGGAUCAGGGCACCAGAAUCAAAAGCACAAAUCAAUUCUUCUGGAGUGAUGGUCUGUACUGGAGCUAAGAGUGAGAGCCAGUCAAAAUUGGCCGCAAGUAAGUAUGUAGCAAUUAUUCAGAAGAUGGGCUUCCCGACUAAAUUUAAGGAUUUUAAGAUUCAGGAAAUUGUUGGAUCUUGUAAUGUCAAGUUCCCCAUAUGGCUUGAGCGUCUUGCUAAUUCCCAUGUCUCUUGCACUAGUUAUAACCCAGAGUUAUUUCCGUGGCUAAUUUACCAAAUGAAACAACCAAAUAUAGUCUUAUAUAUAUUCGACUCUGGAAAAGUUUUUCUGAAAGGAACCAAGUCGAGAAAUGAGAUUUACACAGCCUUUGAGAACAUUUAUCCAGUGCUUACUGAGUUCAGAAAAAACCAACAAUGAUCUUCGUCAUGUGCAAGAGCAAGGUUUUCCGGCUAUGAAGGUUGUCUUUUGCAAGGGCUCAAUCAAAGUGUAAAUUUAAAACUGCAAAUAUUUGGAAUUUUGAGUUGAGCUAAGCCCCUUUUCUUUUUCUUCCUCUUCUUCCAACACUAAAAAAUUAGAUUUGAGGACAGUAUUAGAGUGCCAUGAGUUGACUAUGAUUUGUAGUAUAGGAAAGCGUCUGUCCAACUUUAAAAAGGUUUUAGAUUGUAAAGGAAGUAUGAAUUAUUGGAAUUAUUUAGUUUAUUUUUUCACUUAAAAUGUUAAAAGUUAUUGAAU